UCUCUCGCUUUGCUUUGCGCAGUUGUUCACAGAAACGACUUGGCGUUUCCACGCACGGAUUCACGCAUCCAAACACUCACACACGUCUCCAGGAAGUGAGUGUGUGUGUGCGAGAGAGAGAGAGAGAGAGAGAGAUCCGAGAAUCAUCACUCCAGAAUCCAUCUUUUUCUGCUAGAUUCUCACACCCUUACCUCACACAUUUCUCGUUUUUUUUUUAAUCCCUUCAAUCGAUUUUCACCAUUCUCUCUAAAUCGCUCGCUGGCUAUGGUGGUGGGUGCGUCUUCAUGUCACGCAUCUCCUUUAUGCGAUUGGCUAGCGGCGGCUUGCAUGCACAGCGGCGGAGAGCGAGAGGCUCAAUCCGUCUGUAGGAGUAGCAGCCACUCGGCUCGCCGGAGGAGACUGCUUAAGAAUUGCUCCGCCCAUGGAUCCUCCGGCGUUCAAGCUCUUGUCAGUUCUCCUAACAACAAUGCAUUGUCUUCCCUGUUCGAAUCGAAUAACACUUACUUGAAUCGAAAGCAGAGGAGAUUGAAUCGAGCAUCUACCUCUGGGCAAGUCUCUUUAGAGAUGGAGAAGGAAGCAAUAGUUAACAAGAAACUUCCGACGGAGCCACGCCGGGUAGUUGUGACAGGCAUGGGAGUUGAAACACCAUUAGGUCAUGAUCCACAUUCCUUUUAUGAGAAUCUGCUACAAGGCAUCAGUGGUAUAAGCCAAAUUGAGAAUUUUGACUGUUCUGCAUUUCCUACAAGAAUCGCUGGAGAGAUUAAAUCCUAUUCUACCGAAGGAUUGGUUGCUCCAAAACUUUCGAAAAGGAUGGACAAAUUCAUGCUCUAUCUUUUAACUGCUGGCAAGAAGGCGUUGGUUGAUGGUGGGGUAACUGAGGAUGUGAUGGCAGAGUUAGACAAAUCAAGAUGUGGAGUUUUGAUUGGCUCAGCAAUGGGAGGCAUGAAGGUCUUUUACGAUGCGCUUGAAGCUUUGAAAAUCUCUUACAAGAAGAUGAAUCCUUUUUGUGUACCUUUUGCGACGACAAACAUGGGUUCCGCUAUGCUUGCCUUGGAUCUGGGAUGGAUGGGUCCAAACUACUCUAUUUCAACUGCAUGUGCCACUGGCAACUUCUGUAUUCUGAAUGCGGCAAACCACAUUAUUAGAGGUGAAGCUGAUGUUAUGCUCUGCGGUGGCUCUGAUUCAGUCAUCAUUCCAAUAGGGUUGGGAGGUUUUGUUGCUUGCCGGGCUCUUUCAGAAAAGAAUGACGAUCCCACCAAAGCUUCUCGUCCUUGGGAUAGUAAUCGGGAUGGUUUCGUUAUGGGAGAGGGAGCUGGAGUUCUGCUUUUAGAAGAACUUGAGCAUGCCAAGAAAAGAGGAGCAACUAUCUAUGCAGAGUUCCUUGGUGGUAGUUUCACAUGUGAUGCAUACCAUAUAACCGAACCACGUCCUGAUGGUGCUGGUGUUAUUCUCUGUAUCGAGAAAGCGUUAGCUAAUGCCGGGAUUUCUAAGGAAGACAUAAAUUACAUAAAUGCUCAUGCUACCUCUACACCAGCUGGAGACCUUAAGGAAUACAACGCUCUUGCUCACUGUUUUGGCCAAAAUCCUGAGCUAAGGGUAAACUCGACAAAAUCUAUGAUUGGACACUUGCUGGGAGCUUCUGGGGCCGUGGAGGCUGUUGCAACUGUUCAGGCAAUAAAGACAGGAUGGGUUCAUCCAAAUAUCAACCUCGAGAAUCCAGACAAAGCCGUGAAUACAAAGCUGCUGGUGGGUCUUAAGAAAGAGAGACUGGAUAUUAAAGCAGCCUUGUCAAAUUCUUUCGGGUUUGGUGGCCAGAACUCUAGCAUCAUUUUCGCUCCUUACAAAUGAAAGGCGAAAAGUCCAAAACUGUGUACUCCAACUUCAUCUUUGUAACUUGCUGUAAGUGUGUGUACAAGAACUUCCCAUGUUUUUGGUCGUGUUACGAUUCAGGAUGCGAUUAACUUCAACAAAGAGUUCAAGCAAAGUUUCUUCAGACAGUCAAAAAAAAAAAAAUAGGAAUGGUAUGGGACCGGAGAAGAAAGUGCUGGGUUUGGGUUUGUAAUGAGCAAUCGACUGUUCUUUAUGUAUGAUAUCUAUUAUGCGUCAUUUUGGGUUGUUAAUAUUGAAAUCUUGAGCUACAUUUCUCGUCUUUUUUUUUCCUUUUUUUUUCUAAGAAAGCUGUAACCAAACAUUCAACAAAUUAAGCCAAUACCUCACCUCGGUUUUAGUUUU